CAAAAACGCUCUUCUCGCCUCUCUCUUCUCUGUAUCAUUUCUUUUUCUUGUCUCUUUUGGAAGCAAGCACAUCAUAAAAAUGGCCUCUCGCACCGCUACCCGCACCCUCGCCCGCGCCGCUAUGGCUGCCCGCGCUCCUCUUGCCGCCCGCGCCUUUGCUGCUGCUCCCCGCAUGGCCACCCGCUUUGCUGCUCCUGCUGCUGCCAGCUUCCAGCAGACCCGCGGCCUCAAGACCCUCGACUUUGGAGGAUCCCAGGAGAAGGUCUACGAGCGGUCUGACUGGCCCAAGGAGAAGGUCCUGGACUACUUUAAGAACGACACCAUCGCCGUCCUCGGCUACGGCCCCCAGGGCCACGGCCAGGGCCUCAACCUGCGCGACAACGGCCUGAACGUCAUUGUCGGUGUGCGCAAGGAUGGCCGCUCGUGGAAGAAGGCCGUCGCCGAGGGCUGGGUCCCGGGCAAGAACCUGUUCUCGAUCGAGGAGGCCGCCGACAAGGGUAACAUUGUGCUCAACCUGCUGUCCGACGCCGCUCAGCGCGACCUGUGGCCCACCAUCAAGCCCUUCAUCACCCCGGGCAAGACUCUGUACUUCAGCCACGGCUUUGCCAUCACAUACAAGGACCAGACCCAUGUCGAGGCUCCUGCUGGCGUUGACGUCGUCCUGUGCGCUCCCAAGGGCUCCGGUGCCACCCUGCGCACCCUGUUCCUCGAGGGCAAGGGCCUGAACUCGUCGAUCGCCGUGUUCCAGGACGUGUCGGGCAAGGCCCACGAGCGCGUUGUCGCUCUCGGUGUCGCCAUCGGCUCGGGCUACCUGUACGAGACCACCUUCCAGAAGGAGGUGUACUCUGAUCUGUUUGGAGAGCGCGGUGUCCUGAUGGGUGCCAUCCAGGGUCUGUUCCGCGCCCAGUACGACGUGCUGCGCGCCCAGGGCCACUCGCCCUCGGAGGCCUUCAACGAGACCGUCGAGGAGGCCACCCAGUCGCUGUUCCCGCUGAUCGGCGCCAAGGGCAUGGACUGGAUGUAUGCCAACUGCUCGGUGACUGCCCAGCGCGGUGCCCUCGACUGGCACCAGAAGUUCUACGACGCGUCGCUGCCCGUCUUCAACGAGCUGUACGAGUCGGUCAAGAACGGCUCUGAGACCAAGCGUGCUCUGGACAAGAACUCGCAGCCCGACUACCGCGAGCAGCUCGAGGUCGAGCUCCAGGAGAUCCGCGACUCGGAGAUCUGGCGCGCCGGCAGCACUGUCCGCAGCCUGCGUCCCGAGAACAACAAGUAA